GAGGUCCCUGCAAUUUGCAACAAUAAUACUUACAAGGACGUGGAUAAUGUCCGCUCGUGUAUAACUCUUGCAUGUGAUAAAAACGCAAAUGUUAUGAACUACUUCAGGACUAACAGAACGUGUAGAAUACUUCAUUGUGCUUUGAAUUACAAAAUGUGGGAAGGAAAUUUCCAUCACCACGUAAUUAACCUGCGUCGACGGAACAAAGUGGCCACCUAUAUCUUGACAUCAAAAGUAACCAUCCCAUCAACUUCAGAUCCACAAUGGACAAUCAAAACGGCUGAGAAUGUGAAAGACAUUACUAAUGAACCUUUUUCCCCGGGGCCUGAUUCAAGAACGAAUGAAGUGAGCACUAUUAUCAAAAUAACUGUUGAUACUAACGAAAAUAGACAAAAACAAAAAAACAGUGACAUUACUAUCGAAACGACAAUCAUUGUAACAGCUGGAAGUUUCAUUGGAUCGGUUGUUGUGAUUGCAAUAAUACUACGAUACAGAAUGAGAAAAUGGACAGUGAGGUACAUACCUGGGAUUUUUCUUCAGAUCAUUCAGAUAACCGAUCCUCGGUUAUUCAACCAAAUAGACAGUUAGUAUCGUCUCGUUCGUCUUCCGAUAUGGAACCAUAUGCAACAUAUAAUCCAAGAACCGAUGUCACAACAUUUUCAAGACUCUUGUGAAAAUGCUGAGGGGAUCGAAUAAUGUAUGAAACUGGACCAUUCCAAACCAAUACCUUUUGACGGGAGAACAACCACUCAAAAUGAGACACCUCGUAAGAGCAGAAAGUGGUAAU